GUGUUGUGUCAUCACCCAUUAGAUAGAACGUGUAGUGGCGCUCUGACGUCACUGAAGUCUAGAAUUGUUGUAUCUGAGAUAGAACGCACGUGCCUGUGUGUGUGUGUGUGUGUGUGAUGUCACUGAUUAGUAGCUCUGUAUAGCUAUAUAAGACGGCCACGUAAGUACCUUGUGUUCUUUUCCGUUGUAUUGCAAGUGGCAAUAAACAUGUGUUCUGGCAAGUAGGCUACUGCGUACUUGAAGACAUAACAGUGGCGACGAGGAUGGGAUACGAAUAGCGGACGAUAGCCACGGCUGAAGUGCUGGUUGCGGCUCCAGCUGUUUGGGAACAGCAGGCGUCUAGGCGGACUACCACAGCAUGGCUUCCUUCGGCUGCUUCGAGUCGUUCACGGAGGAGGGAGACGAAGACUUCGAAUCUUACGUGGAACGCUUUGAACACUACAUCCGGGCCACCCAGGUCAGCGACUACUUGAAGGUAUCCGCUUUUGUGACUGCCAUUGGAAAACAGGCCUACCGCACGUUGAAGAAUUUGUUGGCCCCAGUGAAGCCCGAAGCCAAAACCUACGACGAACUGGUCAGGGCUCUAAAAGGGCACUAUUCACCGAAGCCCUUGGUGAUAGCAGAAAGAUUCCGGUUCAACCGUCGGUCGCAGCAAGAAAACGAACCAGUUGCUAUGUUUGCAUUGGAACUAAAAAGGUUGGCUGCAUCCUGUGAGUUUGGCCAAUUCCUGGAUGACGCUUUGCGGAAUCGGUUCGUGGCCGGACUGAGAAACGAAGCAACACAAGCCGAGCUUCUCAAGAAGAGUACCCUGACGUUCCAAGCUGCUUAUGACCUUGCCAAAAGUGGAGAACUCGCUCGCACCGAAACAAGGAAGAUUCACCCUAAAGACCUCGGCGAGGUGAACCUGGUCCAGCAACCCCAACAAAGAAAACCAGAGGCUACCGCAUGGACAAGGGCAGCGAGCAAGACCACGGAGCGGCAAGCCGGAUCAACGGAGUGUUUCCGUUGCGGAUCGGCGCACGCCGCCGCAACCUGCCCCUUUCGCAAAUAUCGAUGCCGUGCCUGCAAAAAGGUGGGACACCUCGCAAGGGUCUGCAGAACGACGCCCCGUUCGGUGCACGCCCUUGAAGAGAGCACUGGUUUAGAAGGCUCCGGUGACUCGGACGGUAUAAGUGGUGAGGACGAUAUUUUGCUUAGCCAUAUUUUUUCAUGUCAGAGUAAUGACGGUAGCUACAUUGUGAAAGUUAAGGUGGCAGGUAGGAAUGUCAAAAUGCAAGUUGACACAGGAGCAUCUGUGUCUAUCGUGCCAGAAAAGAUGUACCGGCAAUAUUGGUCUGACUUACCUCUAGAAAGUUGUAGUUUACGGCUAAAAACGUACGGAGGUGUCCCGCUGGCAAUUACAGGCAAGUUGACGGUGCACGUAGAGCACAAUGGCCAAACCGCGACCUUGCCUUUAAUUGUAGUCCGAACACCACAAAUAUGUGACACUUUGUUGUUGGGCCGUAAUUGGCUAGAGGCGUUGAAGUUGGAUUGGACGAGCGUGUGUAAUAUCGGUCUUGAUAAAUCGGCCGCAGUCAUCGAAAAAUUUUCGAAAGUGUUUGAGCCGGCACUAGGACUGAUAGCUGACGCAUCGGUGAACCUAGUGCUCAAAGACGGCAGUACACCUGUUUUCUGUAAGCAUCGACCUGUGCCAUUUGCACUCAGGGACGCCGUAGCACAGGAAUUGCAUUCACUAGUGGAAUCGGGAGUAUUGGUGCCUGUACAGCAAAGUGAUUGGGCUACGCCGCUAGUAGUCGUACCCAAGGCUAACAAUAAAGUUCGCAUAUGCGAACUUUAUUGUUAG